AUAAUCGUCGGAUCAGUGGCCUUGUCCCACAAUCAACAACACUCGGGCCAAACCGUGACGCUCUUGACCCGGAUCCACUCAGCAUCAGCUAGCCUCUAGAUAUGAUGCAUCCCUUGUCAUUCAGACAUUCCUCUCUGCUGACAAGGGCUUGCUCGAAUGGUCGGACGCUCUCCACUUUACCUGCCUCUACAUCGUUAAGCCGCCUACCCCCGACGCACUCACCAACCGUGUCAAAGCUCGCGUUCUUCAAUUCUGUAACUGGUGAUAGCAGCAAGAUACCAAGUUAUCGAGUUCUUGAUGUGUUUGGCGUUCCGAUAGAAGGCGCUAAAGUGCCUGAGAUCAGUAAACAGUUCGCUUGGCGAUUAUAUGAACACAUGCAGUUGCUUCCCACGCUGGAUGAUAUACUUUGCAGUGGUCAACGCCAAGGCAGAAUACCCUUCUACGCGACUUCUUAUGGAGAAGAGGCUACUGUAAUUGGCUCUGCUGCUGCACUUGCAGAUGAUGACGAAGUAUUAUCACAGUAUCGCGAAACAGGGGUACUCUUGUGGCGUGGUUUCACUCUUGAUAGCAUCAUGGCGCAAGUUUUCGGAAAUCACGAAGAUUCUGGCAAAGGCCGCCAGAUAGCUGUGCAUUACGGCUCCAAGCAGCACCAUUUCCACACCAUAUCCUCUCCACUCGCAACUCAAAUAUCACAAGCUGCUGGAGUUGGAUUUGCACUGAGACGUGAUCCAGCGAGACGCUCCAAAAAUGUGGCAUGCGCGUUUUUCGGGGAAGGCGCAGCGUCAGAGGGGGACUUCCAUGCUGGAUUGCUCCUCGCUGCGACGCUGCCUUCACCAACAUUGUUUCUGGCAAGAAACAACGGGUUUGCCAUCAGUACCCCGAAUUCGCAACAGUUUUACGGCGAUGGUAUCAGUGCAAGAGGCCCAGGUUAUGGUGUGGAUACGGUUCGUGUAGAUGGAAACGAUGUACUCGCGGUAAUGAAUGCUGUCAAGGAGGCGCGAAGACGGUGCUUGGAAGGUGGUCGGGCAGUUCUAGUGGAGAUGAUGACUUACCGGGUUGGCCAUCAUUCGACGUCGGAUGACUCGUAUGUCUACAGGGAGCGCCAGGAAGUUGAAGACAAAACAAAGAAUGACAACCCCAUCACACGAUUCCGCCUAUUCAUGGAAUCCCGGGGGUGGUGGAACCAGACGGAUGAGGAUGAACUCGCGUUCCGUUUGAGACGUGAUGUGAUAAAGGCAUUCAAGCGCGCGGAGACUGUCAAAAAGCCUGACCUGAAGGACAUGUUCACUGAUGUGUACGUGGAAGAGCCCUGGAAUAUAAAAGAACAGCGGGAGGAGUUGAUGGCACUGCUCAAGAAAUAUGGACAAGUGUGGGAGCCAUGGCAAAAUGAACUCAGGACCCUCAAGAACGGAGGAAAGCCUGUAAAUUGACGAUUCAACAGCACACGACAAUGUAAUGCAGACAUUCAGAUGUGACUUCAAUAUAUACUCACCAGUCAAAUAUCACGAUAAGAGAGAAUCAAAUUGAACUCCAAACCGACAAUCACAAUUGGGUAAUCAUAGUCGAGGGCUGCCAGUCCAGCGGCGUCCCGUGACAAAGUGGGUACAAGGUCCUGAUCACUAUCGCCGGGGACCAGAACAGGUAACGUUAGAAACAAUGGGAAGAGGC